UUAAGGAGUGUAAUGUUUAUUUUAAGAAAAUAAGAAAAUCCGGAUGAAUGAUUAAUACCAAAGGCGAAAAUGUUUAAAAAACUGAAAGAUAAAAUCACGGAGGAGGUGAAGAGCUCUCCUCAACGAUUCGCAGAGUUUACUCAGUCCGUCAGCGACAAGUUACAAAACACUACAACGGCAGAUGAUGUUUUUUCAAUCGGAGAAGACGAUGCGAAUACGUCUACCAACAGCACUGACCACGGCUUUUCGAGCGUCAACUUAGUCAGUCCGUCACAGGAAAGAGUCAGGCGAGGUUCUACUUCAUCUAUGGCGAGCGACGUGUCGUUUUUACCUAGAUACGAGUCGGGAAGCAUGUACCACCUACAAUCCGAUUUGGAUGAUUCUGUUAGCGAAUUUGAAGACAGCGCUUCCACGGCCUCUUCCCAGAUAGGACAUCUUAGUAAAGAGCAGAUCUACUCUGCGUUUCAAAAGUCUCAGAUGAGGUACCAUAAAUACAGAGGGAGAUACACAGAUUUGGCUAGACACUAUAAAGAUUUAGAACGAGAAGUUUCGAAAAUGAAGUCCGUUUUGGUGGAGACUCAAGACAAAGCCAUAAGAAGAGUUACAGAAUUGAAAGAGCAGUGUAAUCUGGAGCAGAAGGCGAAAGCACACCUGGAAAGCGCAUUGAGAGACGAAAUGGAGGAAAAGAACAUCAAAAUACAAACCCUUCAGACGAAAAUAGACCUCCUGCAAGGUGUUAGCAACCCUGUAUUGUUGGUAGACAUCGAUAACAAAGCAAACAACAGUCAGAAUGAUUUAGAGAAUCUAACCAAGUACUUAAACGAUGCGAGAAAAGAGAUCGAAGUAUUGAACGAACGAAUACAAGAGAUGAAGGCAAAUUCCAUAGUAUUUCAAAGCAAGGAACAGGAGUACAAAAACAAAAUAAUCAGCCUGGAAAAAGAAAUCGGCACCUUCUCUGAAAGAGAGAGAGAAAAUAACCUGAAACUAGCUCAGAACAAGAUGGAGCUGCACAACGAAAUUCUGGUCAAGGAUACGGAGAUCGGCACCUUGAAAAAGGAGAACGAGGCCCUACGUCAGAAAGUAGAGGCUGCGAGUGCGGAAAACAAAACCGGCAAUAACGUGAAAUUGGACAAUCUGCAAAGCCAGAACAAAAAACUCAUCGAUAAGGUUGAGAACUUAUCUCAGAAGUGUAACAAUUUGGAGAGUGAGCUGUUGAUGGUGGAGAAAUAUAAAAUGGACAUCAGAGAAUUACAACAAAAAAAUGAGACUGCGAAGAAGGAGAAGGAAGAAUUACAAAAGCUUACCGGUGACAUGAAACGGUCGUCCGAGUCUUUCGAGGAAAAAAUCAAGGAAUUAUCGGAAGAAAACUUGAAACUCAAAGGAAAAUUAGCCAAAGAAAAGGAAGACUUCGAUAAUCAGAUAUCAGCGAUCCGAGAAGACGCUAAGAAGGGUUUACUGUCUCUAGAACCGAAAAUCAGGGAGAAACUACAAAAUGAACACUUGGAAAGGGAGGAGGCGCUCAAGCAAGAGUUCGUUAACAAAAUCGAAGAAUUAUCCUCGAACAACCACAGCUUAAAGGAGGUGCAGAUGCAGGUGUUCCAGAAAGACGACGCCAUCAAGAAGUUAACGGUAGAAGUAGACACUCUUAGAAAUGACCUGGAGAGUAGCGUGGCCGAUUACUACAACUUGGAGAAAAACCAUUUGGAGUUGAUCGAGGAGACCUCUAAGCUCCGCAACACGAUUUCAAACCUCGAAAAAGAGAGGUCGAGCUUAGAAAACAACGAAGAGAAGAUUUCGAGGUUGGAGGCCCACAUAGCUACACUACAGGACGAGGUGAAACAUCUCAAAGACAUGGGUGAGAGAAAGGAGAAGGACAACGUCUUCCUCAGCAUGGAAAACCUGAAUCUACAACAAGAACUAGCUCAGACUUCGCAGAAGCUCAGGAUUCUAGAAGAGAAAGAUGAGGCGAUUCAACUGAACAGCUCCGAGAGCAAAUUGUUGGAGCUUAAAGUGCAAAAACUGGAAGAGGAGAGGAAAUCGUUGUUGGAUGAAUUCGAACUGGAAAGGAAAAUGUUUAACGACAUGCUAGAGAACCACAAGGACCUUAAGGAAAAGGAGGCGGUGAUUGAAGACCUGCAGGAUAUACUGGAGAAGACUCGUCACGAAGUGAGACAAUCCAGCGAACUUUUACAGAAAGAACGCGAGAAGAACGUAAUGUUGUUCGAUAAAAAACACAACUUGGAACUACAAGUCACGAAACUGCAAGAGAAAGUGAGGAUAUUCGAAGAAAAAGGCGAAGCCGUGGGCCUCGAAAAGUCCGAGUGUGGGCUGUUGGAAUUAAAACUGCAGAAACUGGAAGAGGAGAACAAGAGACUACUGCAGUCUUUCGAAAUGGAACGAGUGACGUUCGCGAACGAAUUGGAAGACCUGAAGCAAGACCUGAGCAACGUCCAGGAGCAAAGCUUGAUAGAUCAAAGCAUAGACGAACCUUCCGAAGACUUAUUGAAAGAAAAGCUCCACCAGAUCAGGCGGCUAUCGGAGGCCAAAGAAAAAGACAACGUCUUCCUGUCGCAAGAAAACUUGAAUCUGCAACAGGAGAAGACUAAGCUGUUGGAAAAACUGCACUUGGUAGAAGAAAAACUCGAGAGCAUAGAGAUGGACGGUACGGAGAGCAAAUUACUGGAACUCAAAGUUCAGAAGUUGGAGGAGGAGAACAAAGGGUUGCUGGACGAAUUCGAAAUGGAAAGAAAAAUGUUUAACGACCUCUUAGAAAACCAUCGGGUGGUCAGGGAGAAGGAAGAGGUCAUAGAACAGUUGGAAGAAAUCCUGGACAAGCAACGAAAAGAAAUAAUAAACCUGAAGGACCACCUCGAGACCGAGAAGCACAGGAAUGUCAAUUUGCAAGAGGCGAAGCUACGCUUGGAAGAGGAGCUCCGUAAGACUAUCGAGAAAGUCAGGAUUAUGGAAGAGAAAGACGAAGCCAUAAGUAUGGACAAAAACGAGUGCAACUUAUUAGAAAUGAAGCUUCAGAAGUUGGAGGCGGAAAACAAAAACCUACUGGAAACCUUCGAACAAGAACGGAAGAUUUUCAACAAAGCUUACCACGACCACGUCCAAACCGAGACCCAGCUAAGAGACCUCAUCGAGGAAAACUUACAAGUCAAGCAAAUGAUCAAAUCGGGGAAACAGACAAUCGAAGAACUGACCGCCUCGUUGAAGAGCAAGGCCGAGGAGUACAAGAUUGUCCACGACAACAACGUACGGUACUUAAAAACGAUCGAAGAGCUGCAAGCCAAAGUACAAAGCCAAGAGGCUAAGUUAAAAGAGAGCGCAGCCAUUAAAACGGAUAACGAGUCCCUCUCUAAGAAAUUACAGGGCUUAAACGUCGAAAACGACAGGUUGAAGAAGGAAGUCGAAGACAAAGAUAAACAAGUGUCGGAACUGUCCAAGAACAUAGAAAAUUUGAGGGAGGUGACCCAGAAGCAGACGGUGGAGUUUAACAGCUUAUUAGAACGUACCAAACAACUAGAUUCCAUCUUGGAGAAGAUGCAGAUCGAUAGCGCUGAUGCCGUUAAGAAAGAAAAGGAGAGACAGAACGAACUCACCUUGAAAAUAGAGGAUCUGCAGCAAGAACUAACUAGAAAGACGACGGAAUUCGUUAAUUUGAGUCGGAAACUCGAAGAACUCGAAAAAUUGUACGCCGAAGAGCAAGACGAGUACAAAACCAAACUAGAGGAAAUACGGACGUUAAAGAAAAAAGUGCAGGAACUGGAGGCAUUAGAACAAAGCUACAAAAUGAUCGGCGAAGAGAAGCAAGUAGUAGAUAACGAGUUAGUACGUCUGAAAGUCAUAGAAACUAAAUACAAGGACUUGGAAAACGAAAAAACUUCCCUGGAGAACAAACUGACACAAGCAGAGGGCGAUUUUAAGACCAAACACAGCGAAACACUGCAGAAGUUUAAAGUAACCGAGCAGCAAUGUAAUAUGCUGAAAGAAGAAAAGGAUAACCUUCUAGCGGAACUGAAUAAUUUGAGGGGUAAGAUCGAGGAUCUAAGUUUGGAAAAUUCUAAUCUCAAGGCUACUUGCACGAAAGCGGCAGACACGGAAAACAGCUUGCGGCAGCUCAAACAACAAACCGACGCCUUACGAGUCGAACGCGAUAACUCGAACAAAGAAAUAUCCGAACUUCGAGUGAGGAUUAGCCAGAUUUCAAGCGAUAACAACCUGAUGGUAGGGGAAAACCAGAACCUGAUGCACAGCAACGAAGAAUUAAAGAUCCGGCUGGAGGAACUGGAGAAGGAGAAGAACGAGUUUGACGAAAUUAAGAACAAAUUAUCGGAAGAAAGGGACACGGUAACUAAAACCUUGGAAGAAGUCCGACGGGAAUUGAGCGAGAUCCAAAACCAAAACCUCCAGUUGGUUAACGAUAAAAGCCGAGCGAAUUCCAGCGACGUGGACGUAAUCAAGAUCCAGCAAGACUUCUACGAGAUAAAAGAAAAGUGCGACAGCCUCUUUGUCGAGAACAAAAACUUAAAGUCGGAAUACGCCAAGCUGGAAGAGAAAUGCAACGAUUUCGACAAGGUAAAGAAGGUCCUGGAGACGCAAAUAAACGAAUUGGAAAAUCAAUACACCGAAAUCCUCCACGAGAGACAGUUGCUUCAGGACGAGAUCCAGGAACUGAAGAUAUCCCCCGUCAACUUAAAACCGGAACCAGCCUCCAAACUGGACCAACUGGAAAUACUCAAGCAAGAAAAAGCGUACACUACGGACGCGGGCGGCUCCCCGGACAAGGAAAAUUUGGAGAAGCAAAUCGCCAUUCUCCAGGACAAACUCGUACAGUACAAAUCCCUGGACAUAACCAACAAGAGCUCGAUAGACUUCUACGAGAACGAGCUGCAGAAGGUGAAGAGCCAGAACGAUAAGCUGAAUCGUAAGCUGGACGAAACGCUGGUGACUUUGAACCAUUGCGCCGAGCUGUCCAGCUCCACCGAAGUCGAGUACUUGAAGAAUGUGCUCUACAAUUACAUGCUGGGCAAGGAGAGCUUGGUGUUGGCCAGGGUUAUCGCGGCGGUGUGUAAGUUCGACCCGCAGCAGACCGAGAACGUUUUGCAGAGAGAACAGCAGAAACAGACUUUGCUGGGGCAGCUAGGACUGAUUUAACAGUUAGAGGAGCCAGAUCAAGCAUCUGACAUAGAAAAAUGAAGUACGUCGUAGGAAUAUUAACUGUUUGUACACACCCAACACCGGUUUUACGGGGGAAAUAUUCGGGAUAUGUUGCCAUAAACAAGAUGGGAUGCCACCAACAACGCGCUCGGCUGGUUUUAAGGAAUUUUUUUACACUUAAGGUUUACGGUAUUCCUCAACUUAAUAUUCUCUUAAAUUGUUUUGAUAAGUUUGUAAUAAUAAUAAUAACAGUAGUUCACUAUUCAUCAAAAUAUUAACGUAUUUACAAGUUACUAUAAUAUGGAGCACUUAAAGGUACUACGUAAAUAGACUUUUUCAAUUUUCUUGUCGACUUGAAUGUUCGUUGUAAUUUUUUUUUUUGCAUUCCGAGUUUUUCGAGGAACAAUUCUAAGUGUAGCAGUAUUUUUUUAAAUUGAUUUGUCGAUUCCGGAGAAAUUAUCGAAAAGAUCUGAAUGUUAAUUUUAUUCACGGUAUUUUAAAAAUUUUGUCUUGCGUUAAAAAAGCAUGUAUAAACUUUUAUUGUACAUUUUAACAUUUUAAUUAGAAAUUAUUCCCAGUGUCCGUGUACAUUCAAUUGUGGGUUAGGUUAAGUAUUUAUUUUUAAAAAGUCCUACAUUUUCUGGUUGUUUAAUAAUAAAUUGAGACCAAUACGAUUCUUUGCAUACUCAACAACAACGGAUUCCCAGCUAGUAUUAUUUACAAUUUUUUAUGCCUUUUUAGACGUUUUAUUAACCCUUACCUUACGUUUACUGUCUGUAAAUAUUUACAUUGUUAAUAAAAUAGUUUAUAUGUAUAUUGUUAUAAUAAAAGUAUUUUAUAAGUGUUGUUUCA